AGCCAGCUGAGCCUCAUCACUCGGACAGGUUAUCCUGCAGAGAGACAGGUUAUCCUGCAGAGAGACAGGUUAUCCUUCAGAGAGACAGACAGGAUGCUGUGUGUCUGUCUGCUGGCAGCGUGGCUGCUACCUGCAACACACUCAGAUCCAAACCUGAACACAACUCAGCAGGAACAUGGAACUUUCUCUGCAGAAUUUGGAUUCAGUGACCUGUCAGGGGUGCGGUCCUUCAGUCCAGAACAGGAUCUAGAGACCCGGAUCAUCGGGGGUCAGGAGGCCUGGGCCCACUCGUGGCCCUGGCAGGUGUCUCUCUGCUACGUGUCCACGCCGGCGUGCGGCGGCGCCGUCAUCACCCCGCUGUGGGUCGUCUCUGCCGCUCACUGCUUCAAAAGGUACAAUAAAGCUCCUUUCUGGACGGUUCUGGCAGGAAAACACGACCUGGACGACCCGAAUGAACCUGGACAACAACUAGUGGGAGUCUCUCUGAUCGAGAGCCAUCCCGGCUACGACACACGGACCAAAGCCAACGACGUGGCGCUGCUGAAGCUGCAGCAGCCGCUGACCUUCAACACGUUUGUCCGGCCGAUCGACGUCUGGAUGGCGCCGCUGCCCACGCUCCAGAGCUGCACCAUCACGGGCUGGGGCUCCAGCCGAGAGAACGGAGCGCGAGUGAACAGACUGCAGGAAGUGAACGUCACCAUCCUGCCGUCAGACGUCUGUAACAAGUAUUACACCAGCGGCAUCCUGCCGUCCAUGUUCUGUGCCGGGAAAGACGAAGGAGGAGUGGACGCCUGCCAGGGGGACUCUGGCGGUCCUCUGUCCUGCUUCACCGGCAGCCGGUACGAGCUGGCAGGUCUGGUGAGCUGGGGGGUCGGCUGUGGACGAGCCAGGAAACCCGGCGUGUACACUCAAGUCCAACAGCACACACAAUGGAUCGCUGACAUCAUGCACGCUCAGAAUGACCAGUACACAGAUGACCUCACAGCUACAGAGAGCAGGUGUGGGAAGCAGCACAACAUCAGCUGUGAGCAGUUUCCGGUCCUCGCCGUCGUGUCGGUGUCUGAGGACGACGAGGCGUCGCUGGAGAACGUGACGGAGGCAUGUCCGUUCCUCUGGCCCUGGCAGGUCAGCCUGCAGGCCGCCAACGGACGCCAUUACUGCAGCGGGGCGCUCAUCCACCGCAGCUGGGUGCUCACGGCGCAGCACUGCAAUGUCAGAGCGAAGAAGGACAUGGUUGUUCUGGGAGUCCAUGACCUCCGGUUCUCCUCGUCUGAAACCGUCCCGGUGGACAAAGUCUUCAACCUGCCGAAGGACCGCAGCUUCCCACCCAAAUCUGACCUGUCGCUGCUCCGCCUCGCCGUGCCCGCCACUUUCAGCCCAGAUGUGUCUCCAGUGUGUGUCCCCGAGAAGGACGAGGACCUGGACAGCAGCUGGUCUUGUGUCACAACCGGCUGGAGAACCUCGAGCACAGCAGCGGACGUAGACCGCCACCGGCUGCACAAUGUGGGUCUGACUCUGGUUAACCAGACGAGCUGCAGCCAGAAAUGGGGCGGAGGAUUCAUCACCAACUCCUACAUCUGUUCCCAUCCUGGCGGCUCCACCUCCUGCAUGGGCGACUCUGGAGCGCUGCUGGUGUGUCGGAAACACGGAGCCUACUUCCUGUUUGGCGUGGUGACCUGGGGCAGCCGGCAGUGCGACGCCGAGAAACCGGCCGUGUUCUCCCGAGUAUCCGAGUACCACCGAUGGAUCACCGAGGUGACUCAAGAUGUCUGAAUGUUUGAUAGAAAUAAACUCUUUUCCC